UUGCUAUCAGACAUGAAUUUAGUGGUCGGCCACCACUUUGGUCUCCUCCGUCUCUCCCUCAUCGCUUAUAAUAAAAGUGUUCGGUGUCAGUUUGACUAAUAACAGUUAAGUUGAGUUAGACGGAGGCUAAGUUCUGUUUAUUCCUCAUAACUAUUUGAAAUAUUGCAAAUAAUUACGUUUAAAUAAUCUACACCAACACACACACACUCACAAAAACAAGUUCCCUCGACCAUUAAUUGUUUGUCCUCUCAACAAGUUGGAAGUUUUACAGAAUCGCACGGCCAGGAAUAUAUUUCUUUUCAAUUAAUUAACAAACGAUAUGUGUGUGUAUAUAUAUAAUUAUAACACUCGUGGACAUUAAUUUUUUUAUAACUCGGCGCACAUUACUUUGAUACAUAAAUCACUAAUUGCAAUCAUUACUUUUUAAUUAGUCAGCACUUUCGUGGCUCCAUUUCUAUUAAUUUAAUUUCAAACUCUUCGACUUUUAUUGCGGCCAAAGAAGAAGCAGAAAUUGUGUUUUGUUAUGUUAAACUAAAAGCAUCGAUGGUCAGCAGAUUGACCAGACAUUCAGCCACGAAAACUGUUGGUUGAUUCAGUUCAAUUAGUUCCUUCCGUUGGUCACCUGUCCAUUGUGUGUGAGACGUUAUUUCCUUGACCACCACCACUAAACCAAGCCAUGGCAUCAGGAAUAACGGAAGAACAGGCCAUGCUGAAUGACUUCUACCUGAGACAACUUAACCUGCCCGAUGCGCUUACAUUGGAUAAUAUCAUUGAGAACUUUUCUAUGCUAAAUUUAGCGUUUCCUUCAGAUGUCUGUGAGGUGUGCUGCAGUAAUUCUACCUCUGUUCACUACCGGCCAUGCUGCAAUUACCUGGUCUGUUCUUCGUGCUUAACACGUUACCUGUCUGAGAAGGUUCAGUUAGGAAUUGUCAACAUAAAAUGUCUUAACACCUGUGAGCAUUACAUUAACCAGGACGAUAUCAUGGCUUACUUACCAUCAUCUCUGAAAGAGAGAUUCAACAAGUUUCUUGUUGAUGCCAAUAAGGAUCCUUGUGUGAAAACCUGUCCAAACUGUUGUUCCAUUAUCUCGAUUGACAAAUCUGAAAUGAAGCAUAAAAAAUGGAAAAAAGGUUUAAAGGUCGUUUGUUCCACCUGUUCAACUGCGAUAUGCUUCCCUUGUCAAGCACAAUGGCACGAAGGAAUUACUUGCAAACAAUUCCGGAAAGGAGACAAAAUGGUCAAAUUUUGGGCUAAAAAUUACCAAAAUGGUCAGCUUAAUGCACAACGAUGUCCAAAAUGCAAGAUUUUCAUCCAACGUUCCACUGGCUGUGAUCAAAUGUCUUGUAAGAAGUGUGAUACCAAUUUCUGCUAUCUUUGUGGAGAUAAAUUUCGUGGAAUUAAAUUUUUUGGUGAUCAUUUUAGCAAAUUAAGUGUAUUUGGUUGCAAAUACCAUUUCCUUCCACAGAAAAAUAUUGCCAGGAAAUUGAUUCGAGGAACUUUAUUUGGUGGAAAGUUGCUGGCUUCAGUUAUGCUCGGUGGCUUGGCUGUCGGGGUUGGUGGCGCUCUUGUAGGAUUGGGCUCUGUCUUCCUCCCAAUUUACGGAAGUGUCUGCCUCUAUCGACGCUUGAAGUAUCGAAGAAAGGACUUAAACAGAUUCAGAACCAACUAUUCCAACAACAGUUUCGACGACCUCCAACUCUACUUUUCCAGAACGCACAAACUAAUAUUAGACGAAAACAUGGACUUUAUCCACAAUUACUCUUCAAAAGAAACAGAUAAUUCUUCAGACAUAAAACUCGAAGGAAUGUAUAACCUGCCAGGCAGUUUGUCUCAGCUCCAAGAUGAUUCUGAUUUUGGUCAUCAUAUUACCCUGUCCGUCUCCGACAGUUGUGAGUCAAUAGCAUCAAAUCCUAACACAUAUUUUCCUUCUGACUCUGAUGACAGUUCCAUUUAUUCAGCCUCGUCUAGUAGAGGUCGUUUAGACUUGCCGACUAAUAUUUAAACCAAAAAAUUUAUUCCUCAAAUCUUUUGAGUGAAAAAAAAACAUUGUGAUAAGACUUGUCUUCGUUAAUUUCUAUAAUUGUUUCAAUAACUUAUUGAACCAACUUCCUAAGAAAACACUUCAUCAUUACAGAAAAUAUUUUACAAUUUUUGUUUUAUUUUUUCAUGAAUUAAUUAAUAUUUAAUUAAU